UUCAGAAUCUCUGUACGGGCCAUCAUUGGUAACUGAAGUCAUUCAGGAAUUUGUCAUCAUCAAGUGCCACUACAGUUUGCAAUAUACAUGGAAUAUGAAGUUCUGGUGCAGUUUCAGUGAUUUGUAUACCUGUUUAACUCUGGUAGAGACAGAUAAAACAAAAAGCAAUGACAGAAUCUCCAUCACAGAUGACAAGACUCAAAGAGAUUUCACAGUUACAAUGACUGGGCUCAGAGAAGAUGACACAGGGCAGUACUACUGUGCCAUUAAGACCGGUGUAGAUAGUGCUGAAUAUUUUGGAGUGUAUCUCCAAGUCAAUCAAGGUAAACCCACGCAAGUAACGACCACAAACAACACAGUGACCAGUACGGCUUUGAAUGAACAAAAGCAAACUACAAGUACUUCUGAGAACUCUAUCACAAACAAUUUGGUGCUGCCAUUUUGUAUAUUUUUUGGAACAUUGGUUUUUCUGCUCCUACUGACUGUAAUUGUCAAAAUUAAAAUAAAUGAAAGAAGAAAAAAAGAAGCCUCAAGAGCAGAGGAUGACACCAGUUACGGUCUAAAUUACAGCACUGUGGCUUUCCACAAAGCAGCAGAGUCUUCAGAUGGCAAGGAGAUCUACGCUAAUGUUAAAGCCCCAGAAAAAAGACUAAAGCCUGCCCCUGAACAUGAGUUUGUGGAAUAUUCAACCAUUGUGCGUCACUGAUAGGAGUGAAUUCUUUUAUACUUACCUGACUAUUUUACAUUUUCUAAUAUAUUUUUGUAAGAUGUCCUAAUAGCAUUUGUAUAAUACAUUUCAAACCUGAAAGUUGAUACAAGUAAGCUGGUAAGCUAUAAUCAGAAGAUGGUUCUACUUUUGUAAUAAGUGCUAAAACUGAAAAUUGAUGCGGUGGUAGAGUACAUUGUGAGAACAGUUCUUUAUGUAGUCUAUUCCUGUAGUGUACAUCUAUGCCUACUGGGUCUACAUUCUGAACAUGUGUGUCUGACACCUCUGGCUAUUUCUAUACACAACACCAUUUAAGGAGACAGCUUUUGUGCAAGUUUAACAUUAACAAAUUGCCAAUUAGGCUAACUAUAAAUGAGUGUAAGUAGUUUGGAAACACCUUUUGCAUUCACCCAUGGUGUAUAUUUUGAAUUCUAUGUAAUGGAAGUAGAAUCAAAUAAACACUUAACCUCCUUAAAUUCAGAAAUAAAUAAAAAACAGAAUUUGAUAUAUGCAAAUCUUUUUUAACAGUAUGUGGAAACUGGGCUUUGCUUGAAAUGUACAACAUGUUAAAUUAAAACUUUAAGAUUUUUCUUCUUUGAGAGCUUUGCCUAACAAGUAAGUAUUUUAAAUGUCAAUGGGGCUGGCAGAAAAACCUCAUCCAGAAAUGAAACUAACACAUAGCACAGUUUGGUGGCUGCUUUUCCGUACAGAGCCAUUAUUUAUGACAGAGUUUGUCAAGUUCACGUUCCCACAUGUAUGCAAGAUUCUGUUCCAGCCAGUUUUAUAGUUAGCGAGUCUUUUUACCACUAAUCUAUGUCCUUGUUGAUUUUGCUCAUCUUUUUAUUUCUUUUUUUAGAAGAGAGCCAUUAUGUUAAGAUUUGCAGUCAUAAGAAAUUUACAAAUAUUCAUAUUUUUUGUUACAUUUUAAGUUGAGUCUGAUUUGUCAUUUUGCAGUUAACUUAUUUUCUGUGUUUUUUCUUCCUUAAUUGUAAACAUAAAUAAGGAAUAAAGACACAGAAUGAUUAAAGACUUCAAACCAGAUAUUUCCAAACUUGGUUUGCUAAUUUUAAUUGGAAUGAUGUGAGUGUUUAUGUGUGUUACCGGGAGAUAAAUUCAUAUUUUUUUAUCUUGCUUUUAAUACUUUCAUCAUCAUGAUUUUUCAUUCUGAUCUUCCAGGUGUUCUGAUUAUUUAAGUUUAAAUUAAUGCAUAAUCAACAAGCUGGUGGACCAUUAUUGCCCUGAAAUCCUAUUUUAACAUUUCAAAGCAAAACUACAUACAUGUUUGAAAACUCUGCAACUAAUCACAAUUUUGAACAUUCACAUGCCAGAUCUGGCUUCUUCAGAUUUUUGUUAUCUUUGAAGCCCUCAAAGAUGUCAUCAAUGGAAAAAAGUUUGCCAGCAAUGGCAGAGUUAUUGAAGAAGCUGCUACAAGUGCAGGGAUUAGACUGCUGCAAGAAGAGGACAUGCUUUGUUUUAUGCUGGUGAAGGACUUUUGAAGUGAACUUACAUCUAGUUAUUUUGUCAUUACCUUUAAAGAACAUCAAAAAAAUGUACCAUAAUACAACUAUUUUGUUGCAAUUCUUUUUAGUUAACCCUUAUUUGACAAGUUAUUGUUUGUGGAAUCUUUCUGUUGUUCUCCAUGAACCAAUGUCAUAAAGUGUUAUUGAAAAUAUUAUACACUAUAUAUAUAGUCAAAUUUUGAAAAUAUUAGGACCAUUGAAGUGCCAUUCACUUAUUGUGAAAACACACAACCACCUCACACCAUCAUUGAGGGCAGAAAGUGAGUGUAUUGCCUAUUGUAAGAGACCUGUUGUGACUAAUCAUCAAGUUCUUAAACUAGACACAUGGCUGAAACAGAGGUCAUGAACCAGAAUAAAGGUUAGAAAAAACUUUUUAAAUCAAUUGGACAGGAGCAAGAUGAAAGACAAGCAAUAGUCCAGAACUGGCUGCUAUCUCCUACCGUGUUGCAAGUAAGUAUGCAUCUUAGAACAAUCUAAAGGAGAACAGGCCAUUCAGUGCAACAAAGCUCAUAUCCACUUAACUCUUCCAAAAUAACAUCAAGUCGAGUUUUGAA